ACCAAUUUUGCGGCUGAAACUAAAAACAAUAAAUUAAAGAAGAUUAGCUUACAAUUCACAAAUUUAAACAUAAUUAUAGCAGUGUCCGUGCAUCCGUACAUCACAGUGCAACUGAAAUUCAGAACGGCAGCCAUUCACAUCCUUCAGAUAGCUAGAUUUUCCCAAUAUGGAGGUCUCUGAAGCUAUGACCAUGGACAUGACGCCAACGUCCCGCCAGGAUGGAGAAGAGCUCCAGAAGACUAAAAAACAUUCGGUCAGGCGUCAUUCCCACAAUUCGCCGAAGGCGUUGCAACGCACGUGGUUGAAGCGCCGCCUCCGACGCCUGGUGACCGAGGGCAGUAGCAGUAAAAAGCCAAUGCGCCGCAAACAGGGAUUGGAAGUGAGCCGCGGGAAGGCAAACGAGACAGCCUGGUACUGUCUGUUCCUGGUGCUGUGUCUCGGUCUGGGAUUGACUGUGUGGAGAUUCUCCCCAGAGGACAGCAGCUUUUGGGAGAUGUACAAUAACCAGUACCACUCUAUCGUUCACAAUCGGACCAACUACUGCGACCGCUCUCAUCAACUGGGCGACAUGGUGACGCACUGCCGCCGCCAAGUACUGCAUCAGGAGGAAGCGCUGGAUGAGUUGGAACGGGCUCUUGACAACACUAUUUUCCAGAAUAUCGCUUUAGUCGGCUCCUCUGGCGUUGGCAAGAGAAUAUACAGCUUGAGAAUAUACAGCUGAAUACUGCCCAAGUUGACGAGAUCAUUAAGGGCAGCGACGCGAGGGUCUCUGGCUGCAAGUCCGUUCGGGCAAAGGUUUUAAUGUAUGGACAUUCCUUGGACCCCCACAUUAACGAGGAAGCAUUUUUCAACAGCAAACCAACGGACUGAUAUAUCACAAGACUAGGAACUUUUCAAAGUUUUCUGAUAAAGAAAUUGUUAAGUGUACAAAACCCAAAAUAGCAAAUGAAAAUGCUAAAAGCAAACGUGAUAGACUACAGGGCAUACACGUAAAAAAAUACCAAAGUUGUUAAUGUAAAAUAACUUGCAAAUUACUAUGCGUUUUAUAUGAAAAACUGUAAUGACGAUUUUUACUUGGAUCGAAUGUGUAACGAUAAAGUUAAAAAUAUAAAAGAAGCAAACGAUGUAUCUAAGAAAUACUCAGAUAGCUGUAUACGGAUUAAAAGUGAAACCUACUAAAAAUAAAUAUAAUGCAUUCCAUAUAAA